AUUAAUUACCAGAUUUUUUAAAAGGAUUUAUACAUUGGAUCAGGGAAUCAGAGACUUUGCAGACAAUCUGUUCUUGUUUCAAUUUCCCUAGAAUGCACCUACAUUUUCAUAUAACCUUUGAAUGCAUACAUAGAAGUUGAGUGUCUACCAUAUAGUGCAUAUGCUACUUUGGGUUUGUGAUAUUUUGGUAUUUGAAAUCAUCUGAUAGUCUUUUUGUUUGUCUUGAGGAAAUUUUUAAAAUAUAGUACCACAUUUCAUUUUUUGUAUGCAAAUACUGUUAUAACAUCUUAUUAUUUUCACUUUUUUAAAUUAAAGCAGUUAAUUGUCUUGAUUCACAUUUAAAAGAAUUUGGUAUGUGGAGGAUUGCAUAUGUACAAGUAAAACCAAGACAAAGCUAGAUUGAGUUUCUAGCAAGACUCCCUUUCUGCUCUGGGAUUCAGCUGCUAUCAUAACACUAUUAGCUAUAAACUCCUUUUGUCUUCUUUGGAUUAUCUGGGUAGCAGCUAUAACUACAAGCAAUCAGCUUACUGCUUACUAAAGAAGCUAGCUAUAAUAUAUGUACUUCUGAUCUGAAAUUUUCUUACUAAAGACCUUGGGGUUUUAACAGCUUGGGUUUCAGAAAUUCACAAGCCCUUUAGUGUGCUUAGGGAUAAUCAAAAGAAAUACCUAUGAACUUUUGCUUAUUCUAAAGCAGGGGUAUCAGACUUGCUGCCUUCAAAACUGGAGUCCAAGUGAGGCCUGAACCAGAUUAAAAUAUAAUCAAGAAAUGUUUUAACAAAAUAAAAUGCAAUUCAACAUAGAUAAUAUUAAUUUGUGGUUUUCUAAGUCAUGCCCUCAUGCAGGGAUAGUUUCUAUUUUUGAUGUCAAUGUUCUAAAGUACUCACCAAUCAACUUAGUUUUUAAAUUGGUUUGUCAUAUGCCAUGCCUUAGUAUUGCAAAAUGUUUCUAAUAACCUUUAUUUUUAAGCAUUUUAAAAGACUCCAAAUGGUGAAAUUUUUAUCUCAUUCAAAUUUUUAUAUUUUUCGAUAUUUAAGUAGGUAAAGGAGCCAAUUCACUUGGGUAUGCCUAGCAAUCUGGGGGAAGGGGAAAAUGCUUAUUUCUAAAUCAGUAGGGAAGUUUUGGAUUUGGAGCCAGAGGACCCAGAUUUGACUGAUAGUCCCUGUUACUGCCAUUUUGACCCCCUAUGUCACACUUAGCAAGUUACUUAAUUCUAGUCUGCUGUAGUUUCUUCUAAAAAUGAAAGAGUUGGACCAGAUGAUCCCUAACAGCCCUACCAGAUCUAAAACUAUGACCUUGUAAAGUAGAACCUUUGUUUGGAAAACAGUGAUUUCUCCCUAAUGGGUUUUUUUUUUCUGUUAUAAAUUUGGUAAUUCUAAAAGUUGAGAGGAGAGGCAGUGUGGCAAUAGAUAGUUUACAUUGACCUUGGAGUGGAGUCCUGUGUCUCUGACAUGCAACAUAUGUAACAUAGGGUUACAUAUGUAGCCCUGGGCAAAUCACUUAAUCUUUCAGGGCCCCACCAACUCUAAAGAAAACAGGAACUGAUCUGUAGUCUGAUUUGGUAGUGCUUAACAGGGAGCUCCCUCCUCUGACACUGAUAAAAGUAUAGGUAUUGUCAAAGAGGAAAAAGAGGAAAAGGUGAAAAAAUAGGGAAAGUGAUUAGCCAGAAAAUUAAGAACUUGUCAGCAGUAUGAAGAAGCCUAUUUAUGCAUAUGCUAGGUAAUACUCUAACAUAACAGUUUUAAGAAGAAAAAGGUGUAAAAGUAUGCAUGUGCACUACACAGAAAUAAGAUGCACAUACAUACAAUAUAAGUUUCAUCCCCUUCAAAAAUCAUUUUGGGAGACUUUGUAUUUGAAUACUUCUAGAAUGUUUUGUCUUUGCUUAAAAUAUUUUGGAAUUAUUCUUUGAAGGUGGGUUUAAUUUUGGGGACUAGCCAAAUUGGCUAGUGUUAUGGAAUAAGGUCAGUGAUUACGCUAAAUAACACUACUGGUUUUGGUUUUAGUCAGCAACAUCCAUAGUAUACUGAAAAGUGCUGGAGUAAGGAGAUUUAAUCAGAUUUUGUUUCUUACUAGCAGUGUGACCAUGGGAAUCUCUGAGCUGCUGUUUCCUAUUUGUAAAAUGAUGAUGUUAAGUUCUGUGUGAAAAGCACUUCAUAAAAUCUAAAGCAAUAUGUAGAGUUAUCUAUGUGAUAAUUAUAGUUAAUAUUCAUAUAACACUAUGUGCCAGGUACUGUGCCAAGUGCUUUAGAAUUGUUGCUUCAGUUGAUCUUCACAGCAACCCUGGGAGGUUGGUGCUAUUAUCUUAAUUUUACAAAUGAGGAAACUGAGACAAAGAGAGGUUGUGAUUUUUCCCAGGGUCAUAGAGUAUCUUGAGGCUGUAUUUGAACACAGGUCUUCCUGACUCCAGGCCCAGUGUUCCAUGUACCUAGCUACUACUUAUUAUAAAAUUAAGGAGACUGGAUUUUCUUGUAUGUGGCUUUUAAACUGGUUCUGCUAUUCCAAAAGAGAAUUUAGUAUUUAAACUCAGUGUUUCUCCUACCUCAUAUAUAAAAUUAAUUGCUGACAUGUAAUGUUUUGUGGUUUUCAAGAUGCUUUUUACAUAUUUUAUCUUGUUUGAGCCUAACAACAACCCUGUAAGGCUACAGUUAUUCACGUUUUUAUACCCUUAUUUUUUUUUUAAAUGAGAAAAUUGAAGUUUAUAGAGGUUGUGACUUGCAGGUGAUCCCAUGCAGGAUCACAAGUGGGAUUUAAAUUCAGGUCUUCCUAACAUAAAUCCAUUGUGCUUGCCUGUAGUGUGUGACCUCACUUAGGUGAUAAGGAAGUAUUCUCUUAUAAAUGAAAUCCAAGAAGUACUUGUGGUAUGCUAAGUGCUGAAUUUGGUACUGAAUGAAAUAAAAAGUUGAGAUAAAGACAGUUCCUUUCUUUUAGAAGCUUAAAAUCUAGUUACACGUUGGGCAGGGUUUUGGUGUAUAUGUUUUGGGGGGGGGGUUGUAGGCAGUCUGGUUUACACAGCUAGGUCAAAUUUAACAAGGGUCUUGAGUCCAGGUCCUGUGCCACCUAGCUGCCCAUAUGCUUUAUGAGACAAAGAUAACAGCUAAUUUUUCCCAGAAAUGAUACUGGCUAUAGGUGAUAAAUACCUGCUUUUUGUCAUUUUUGAAAACUUACAUAUGCUAGUAUGGUUUUGCAAUAAAGGUAAUUGUCCUUGCAGAUCUGGUUGGGCCUUAGUGCAGCAUCUAAUAAAUGAUUGUUGACCAACUCACUUUUUAAAAUAAGUUAAUUUUUACAAAAAGGAAAAUAAUACCCCUCUACUAGAUUUCACUUAAAUUGCCUGUGCACUUAGAUUUUAAGGUAAUAGAUUUAUAUAGGUUGAUUAUCUAAAAACGUGCUAUACAGGCUGUCUUGAGUUUAGCAAGUAAUUUGUGUGUAGAUACACAUAUUAAUCUUCUGAACACUUUUCUAGGUAAAAUUUUAUUACUGCUUAUGAGGUUUGUCAUUUCAUAAUUCAUUUCUUACCCAACUGAUGGGGUGACGCUGAUUUGCAACCAAAAAUCUAAGUGAGUAGAUUGUUAAGUGAAGGCAGCAAGAAACUCUGCUAGGUUCAGGGCUUGCUAUUCUAGUAAUUCAAAAUCUCAUUAGAGUUUAAUUUGAUUUCAUUAUGGCUUGGGGGAAGAAUUUUGUUUAAAUCAGAUUUGUCAUAAUUUAAAUCACUCGUUGUGAAGACUAAUCAUUUUUCAACAAAAACUGCUUUUGAUAAACCAUGAUCAGAGCUUUUAUAAAUUGAAUAAUUCGUAAAUCUCACUCUUUUAGAAAUUUUAGCUAUUGUACAAUGUAAAUAAUAUCAGGGAUCUGUGGUAUUAUUUGAUUAAUCCAUUGGGAAAGCUGGCAACCCUACCAUGCCUUCCAGUUUAUGAUUCUAAUCCAUCGUCUCUCAUAAAUCCUAUAGAUAGGUUCUGUACAAAAUACUGUUGGUAUUCCUUUCAAUCUUUUUGACAUUUUGUAGGUAUAGUGUCCUAACUUUUAUACCUCAUUCUCACUAUAUAGUUCUGGAUGAAAAUUUUCUAAGAGUUGGAUUACUUUUCUUUUUAAAAAAAAUUGAAACUACAUUAAAAAAUUAUUUCCAAUGCUCAGUGAAAUAAUUUCAAAGUAACUGGGGAGAGAAGGGGAUUGAAAGCCUUUCCAGUUUAACAAUUUCAAUUCAUAACUGUUUUUAAAUCGAGUAUAGUAUAAAGCCAUUGGGGAUGUAAAGACAAUGAGCAUGGGGAAUAUAUGUUCUCAGAUAAAUGAAGGUAAUCUGAAAUGGGAAAUUGUGCAUAUUUUUGCCACAGUAUGUUAGGUAGAUGAAAGAAUUGCAAAAAUGCCAAGAAACAUUCUGUUUAAAAGAAGAAAAGGCUAGCUUUCCUAUAUUACAAGCAUGAUUGGGAAUGAUUAGCAUAGCACUUUUAUUUUUAAAUUCCUAAAUGAUUCCUCAAUUUAGAAUUCAGUGAGAGAAAAUAUAUUUUUCUAUUCAUGCAGGAGAAAAGUUGUUCUUCAUAGCUGGAUUGGUAAGUGAGUUUUUAAAGCGACAUCCACCAACUUUAUUAAACAUUUAAUUGCAAAUUUUUCUUGAAUAAUAAGGUAAUUCUUGAGUAAUGUGAUUGGUUUGUCAAGAAAAUACAUUGUAUUAAAGAGGGAUGGUUUAAAGUUUGUUUACAAAUAUAUGAGUUUUAAUAGAAAUUUUAAUGGUUUUAAGGUAUUUUUAAUUGCUGUAAUUCAUUCUCAUGUUAUUCCUUUCCUCUCUGAAAAGUGUUUAUAUACUUGAUUAAUUAUACUCACAUGUAUAAUAAUUAUUCAUGUUGUCAUUAUAUUUUGGUGAGUUUUAUGACAUCCCUGAGAUUAUUAGUUGAGGCUUUAUUUCGUGAGAUGUCAUUGUGUUAGUAGUGAACACUGGUUUGGAGAAUAUUGACUUUUAAAGGUCGUCAGUGCCUUUUAUUUUUUGAUGACCUGGUUUCAAAUAACAAAUAUGCAAAUCUGUAGAGAUGGAGCUUUGAAGGAAUUUUUUUUUGUAUGAUUUAAUUUAACACUUGUAAAGAGAAAAAAGUUGGGUAUAUUUGUAUUACAUGCUUAAUAUCUUAAGGUUGGUGUACACAGUUAAAUUGUUUAUGUAGGAUGUUUCUUUACGGAUUGAUUGCAUAGUGGCAAGCAAAAAGGUAAGGAGAGGAGAUCAGUUUUGAGGACUUAUUUUGUAGUUCUCUUUAUUUUUUUAGAGUAGGUAGAAAAGCUGAAAGCACUUGUGAAAUUUUUUUCUGGAGCUUAGUUUUAAUGUUUUAUCUGUUUUUCUGUCCUUCCUGUAGUACUUACUCUUAUUCCUUCAAACAUUUAUUGAAUGCUUACUAUGUGCAAAGUGCUGUGGAGAAUACAUAGAUGAAUCAGGCAAAUUUCUGAACCUCACAUGAAGAACUGGCCAUAACUUUUUCAAAAUGCAAAUGACAGACACGUUUUUAAAUGCCUAGUUAAUUUUGUUCUCUUCCUACCAAGUAUGAAUGAGAGUGGCAGCUUGGUGUGAGUGAAUAUUGUUGGAGUUGGAGUCAGGAAGACCUGGGUUCAAAUUCUGCCUCUGACAGUCACCUCUUUGACCAUGAGAAAGUCACUUAACUUGAGCCUUGAACAACUCUGUAAGACUUAGAUAGAGGACACAAUGUUUGCAAGAGGAAUAAAGAGAAAAUGUUUCGAUGGCGAAGAAGAUAUUGAAGGAACCCUGGCUGGUUUUAAGUCUGUUCCCUCAUAUAAUCUUCAGCGGCAAUCGCUUUUAGACAUGUCUCUGGUAAAGCUUCAGUUGUGCCACAUGCUUGUUGAACCUAAUCUCUGUCGCUCGGUUCUUAUAGCAAAUACUGUAAGGCAGAUUCAAGAAGAAAUGACCCAGGAUGGAACUUGGCAAGUGAUAAAUGCUCAGAAUACAGGACAAGCUUCUCUUGAUCGCCUAGUAUCAUCAGAUAUCCUUUGUCGUUCAACAAAAGAACAGGGUGAAGGGAAACUUGUUCCAAGUUAUAGUAGUUUCUCAAAAGACUUUGAAGAUAUCCAGUCCCAAGAUAUUAUUUCUGACCUGUCCACAGUUACAUCAGUACAAGCUCCAAGAAGCCCUCAAAGUAAUGUUUGGGAAAUGGAGAACCCUCAAGAAAAUAGGGGAAACUUUCAGAAGUCACUAGAUCAAAUAUUUGAAACUUUGGAGAACAAAAAUCCUAAUUCUGUAGAAGACUUAUUUUCAGAUGUCGACAAUUCUUAUUAUGAUCUUGAUACAGUAUUAACAGGAAUGAUGAGCAAUACAAAAAUGGGACAUUGUGAUGUGCUUGAGAGCUUUUCAUCUCAAACAACCACAAAUUCUAACUCAAAUUGUAAAUCUGAUAUAAAUGAGCUUGACCAUAUUGUGGAAAUCCUUGUUGAAUCCUGAAAUGGUUAAAUACAAAAUAUGAUUCUUUGAAGAAGUCGAGAACAUUUGAAAAAACAAGCCUUCAAAUAGUUUACUAUCAAAUGUAUAUGUAAUCUACAUAAAAGAUAAAAAAGCACUUCAUUUUGUGAAAUAGUGUUAUCUUUAAAGCUAACAUGCUACUUGCCUUUGACAAUUUUGGUUUGUUGACUCCAAUUUAAAUAUAUACUCUAAUAAAUUAGUUGCAGGGCAUGAAGCUUACAAGAUUAGGCUUAGUGUACUUACUUUUUCUUCCUCAAGACAGAGGGAGAGACUGGUACAAUGAGUUCUUGACUUUCCAUUUUAACUUUUUUUCAGGGCCCUAUACUUAAAAAUUCCCAAUUGCCCUGAUUUCUUUUACCUUCCCUCUUUCUCAGCUACAGUCACCAGCCUUCAACUUAAUUAGUCUAGAUAGAUUUUUUUUAUCAGUUUUGUAUGUUUUAGGCAAUAUUUUUUGCCUUUUAAAAAUAUAUUUUUGAAAUUUUUUAUACUUUGGUGUUUAGAUUUUCCAGCUAUUUUCCUAAAAGUAUAUUUUUACUAUAAAUGUCCUUUCUGCUGCUACUUCAGUAACUUUUUCAUAGAAUAAACACUUGGAAUUGGUGUCUUUCUGUUAAAAUUUUAAAAGGAUUUUUGUUUUACGAAUUAAUAUAGUUCAGUAAACUGUAAAUAUACAACAUGCUUUAAAAUGUAAGAGCUGUUUUCAUAAUCGUGUAGUGCUCUAUUAAAGUUGAGAAACUUGUAUUGCUUUUUAUACUUGAGCAUUGAUAGGAGAAAAAAUGCUGAUCGUAGAUACAGUUCUAUUAAAGCCAUGUUUCAUGUUAAUUCUGAAUAUAAAUUAUGUAGGGUUUUAUUUAUGUAUAUUUAUAUGUAAAUGUCAUCACAGUGAAUUGUUUAUCAUUGAAGUCUAGGAUCAAAUUUGUUUAUGUGGGAGAACUCUUGCACUAAUUACUAAGUAAAGUGUUAUUCGGGGCCUUUGAAUCUCUAUCAUUGUGUUUUGUUGAUCUAUAUUAGUAUGUUUUACUUCUGUGUAAGUUUUUUGUAUAGCUGUUCCUCUGAAAGAUGUUGCUUAGUUCUUUUAUCUACUUUAAAUAAUGAAUACAUUCGUUGUAGAGUGUAUUUAAUGUCAGGGGAUCCAUUUAGGAAAGGGUAGUUAGAAUGAGAAAAGUCCAGUUUUACUGUAUUAAACUGUGCCUGAAACUUUUUUUAAAUCAGGCAGUAGUCUGCUUGAAAUAAAGAGAUUUGUAUACAUUUAUUUGGCUAUGCCACCUUUUCAGAAUUUGAAAAAGAUGAAGUCAAUAUGAAGGGUGGAGUAAAGGUAGCAAAAAUGGAAAGAUUUGGGAAAUGGAAUCAAGACUGAUAAGUGCAAUGAGCUACAAAAAAGUAGGGAGAGUCAGGGAAGGACUUUUUUAAAAGACAUUUUCCUCUCUUCAAGGAAAAAAAACACUUUUUCAUUUCUUAUCUUACACUUUUUCUGUUCCUGUAUAGAUUGGUAUGUCACUUCUAAUACUUUCUUGUGCAUCUGACUAAUAAUCAUUUUAAUAUGAAUUUUCAAAAAUUG